ACCCAUUCAAUUCAACCAACAUUCAACAAAAAAGAACGCACCUACCUAGAUGUAAUGGUUAGUAAUGAAGUUAAUGAACUAAAUAAUAAUAAACUAAACUAAAUUUGACUUUUCUUUCCUGUUCCUUCCGGGAUAUGAUAGCCCAACGCCCCUUUUAUUUAGUUCAAGAUAAUACAACAAAGAUAGGUACAUACAUUUUGUUAUUUUAUACAUCAUGAUGAUAAAAUUGGGCGGUAAUGCACCAUAUCUCACCGCAUAGAACAAAUUGCCACUCGAGUUUGCGCAUUGCAAUAAGAGAUGAAGAGUUAUACUUACCUUUCGAAAAAUAUCAAUAUGAAGUAUACAAAACUCGACAUCGCUAUCUUCCCUCACGCAUGCGCUAUAGUUACGUGGAUAGACAAGUGGAAAAAUCAUUACAGUAUACUAGAAAAGCGUGAUAAGUAUGUUCAAAGUAUAAUCAUUCAACAUCGAAAUGGCAGUGGCUGAAGAAGACAUCAAAAAUAGUUUCGAAAGAUGCUGUCGCCUUUGUGCAGAGGAACAAGAAGCAACUAUAAUGAUAUUCAGUGAAGAGGCUAAGGCCAUGCUUCUCCAUAACAAGCUCAAUAAAUAUCUAUUGAUUGAGGUUGAACAACAUGACAAACUACCUAAAAAUAUUUGUGUCUCAUGUUGCACCAAAUUGCAAUCUGUUUGUGACUUUAUUGAUUCUGCUAGAAAGGCACAAGAAGUACUUAUGAACCGUAACUCUAUGGUGGAACAAUUUGUAUCUGAACAAAAAUUUAUGGUAAAAUCUGAACCCAAAUCUGAUCAUGAAGAUGCAGAUAUUUCGGAUGAUGAGAAUAAGUGUACUGAAAUGGAAGUAAGUGUUGAUCCUAUGAUGGUUUUACAAAAUUGUGAGAGACCAUUGUCACCAACAAAUUUGUUAGAAAAUGAGUCAAAUGCUGCAUUUAUUACUGAAGAUGUUACACAUAUGCAUAGUGUCGAUCAAGAUAAUGUUACCAUUAAACUAAUAAGGAAAGACUUUAAUCUAGAUUUGACAUUGAAGCAAUUUGUAUGUGUAUCAAAUGGAUGUGGUAAAAGUUUUGCAUCAGAAUUAUCAUUAAAAAAUCAUUCAUGGAUUCACUGUGAGAGCCAAGAUGAAAAACGAUAUAAAUGCAAUUCAUGUAAAGCUGGUUUUGACAUUAAAUCCAAAUUGAUAGCACAUAUACGGGAACAUAAAUUGAGUGGUUUGUGCAGGAUAUGUGGACGAUGUUUCAGGUCAGAAAGAAAUUUAAGUGUACAUAUGGCAGCACACUUAUCAAAGGGAAAAUCAUAUAUUUGUAAGAUAUGUGGUCGCUCCUACAAUACUAGGAGCAAUCUGAAGACACAUAGCAUAACACAUAGUAAUGAGAGGCCUUAUGAAUGUCAUAUAUGUAAAAAGAGUUUCAAAAGGAAUCAAGAUUUAAAGUUUCACAUCAACCAGCACACAGGAGCAAAACCAUACAAAUGUCCAUUUUGUGAUAAAAGCUUUGCCAGUUCAGGCAAUUGUUACUCCCACAGGAAUCGUAUGCACCCUGGGAAGUGUGUAGACUCAAAGAUGCGACGACUUUCUCGAGAAAACCAACCACUUUUAUACAGACCCAUAGCGCCAAAGCCAAAUAAGCCUAAUAACCAGCCUUCUUUUAAAGGAAUAAUUAAAUACCAAUGCACCAUGUGUGAUCACAGUUUCAUGAAAAGAGAUAACUUCACAUACCACAUGUAUCAACAUACAGGAGAGAAGCCAUUCCAUUGUUCACUGUGUCCAGAAACAUUUGUAACUAGAAGAGGAUUGUUAAUACAUCAUAAUAAGGAGCAUCCUAGCAAAGACAGACCUCUAGCAUUAAUUUCUAAAAAUGUUUUGUUAAAAUGAUUCACUUUAAAAGCAAAAGAAGCAGCAGUACUUACUUUACUUAUAAGAUAACUCAAUUUCAUAGAUAUACUCUUACAUAUAAGCUAUAAAAUAUUACCCAUGCUUUUAUACUGCAG